GCUCCGGCAGGGCGCACUGGUGCCGCUCACCGCCAUCUGCCUGGUGAAUCUCUUCCUAACUGGGAAAAUAGAAAGUGCUGUUACCUCAUUAGGCCUCCUGAGCAGCUGCCUGAAUCUCUUGGUGAGCAGGAAGGCUUAAUGGGAAGUGAAUAUGACUGGAGCAACCUGAGACCAAAGAGAAUACAAGUGUAUGUGGUGAAGCAUUUUUCCCUGCAUUCUGAUCAUGAGGUGCUUUUAGGGUACAGAGACUUCUGGUCACUGGACCCAAAAUGGAAACUGCAGCUGUGAAGAUGCAGCUCCUGUCAUCCCAUCUGUUGAGAAGCUGGACAGGUCACAACAGCCCCCCAUGGAAAAAGGCUCAUCCUGAAAGAGCCAUCAGCCUCAGAGCUCCAGCUGCCCUGGCUUCUAAAUGAACCUUGGACCUCUUCUCCAGAGGGAUAGGGAUUAGCUAACCACAGUUAUAAACACCCUCUCUCCUGACUUCCAGGCUUGUACAGCUCAUUAGAGAUUUAACAGCUGCUUGCAGUGGAAAACUGGAACAGCACACAGAAAGACGUGGAGUCAUCUAUAGUCCUUCCUGGCCACUAAACUAUCCUCCAGCCAUAAACUGCAGCUGGUACAUUCAAGGAGAUCACGGAGAUAUGAUAACAAUUAGUUUUAAGAACUUUGACUUGGAGGACUCUCAGAAAUGUGCAGUAGACUGGCUGAUGAUUGGUCCCUCUUCCAAGAGGGAGGAGUAUAGAGUAUGUGGAUCCUCCAUACCACCAUCCUUUAUCUCUGCACGGGAUCAUGUCUGGAUAUUUUUCCACUCUGAUGCAUUGAGUUCGGGACAGGCUCAGGGAUUUCGCCUUUCUUACAUCAGAGGAAAAGCAGGCCAGACUAUUUGCCAGUCGGAUGAAUUCCAUUGUGUAAAUGGCAAGUGCAUUCCCAACACUUGGAAGUGUAAUUCCAUGGAUGAGUGUGGGGAUAACUCGGAUGAAGGAAACUGUACCAUUCCUCCAACAGAGCCUCAAUCUAGCAUCUGUCCCUCAGGAACAUUCCAAUGUAGCAUAGCCCAUUCCACCAAGUGCUUGGUAAACGAGUUGAGAUGUAAUUCUGUUAAAGACUGUAGCGAUGGUUCAGAUGAAGAUAACUGUCCGGAUCUUUCAUGUGGCAAAAGACUGGGUAAUUUUUAUGGGUCUUUCGCUUCCCCAGACUUAUUCCGUGCAGAUCAUAGCCAGGCAGACCUUCGCUGCACUUGGUAUGUGGAUACACAAGAUAAUCGGCAUGUCCUCUUGCAGCUUGAUUUACAGCUAGGGUACAAUGACUACGUAAAAGUGUAUGAUGGAAUUGGCGAAAGAGGUGAAAAAUUAAUGCAGACUCUUUCAUAUCACAACAACAGGCACUCGGUGAGUGUGGAGUCCUCAAAGGGUCAGCUCACCAUUUCAUAUCACGCCAGAUCAAAGAGUACUGGCCAUGGGUUCAAUGCAACCUAUCAGGUGAAAGGCUAUUGCCUUCCAUGGGAGCACCCUUGUGGCAGUGAUGAAGAGUGUUUCACAGAUAAGCAGCAUUGUGAUGGUUGGUGGCACUGCCCAAAUGGUAAAGAUGAAGAGAACUGUCCAGCUUGCCAGAAAAAUGAAUACCCGUGCGAAGGAAACAGUGGACUGUGUUAUUCAAUACUUGACCGAUGUAAUAACCAAAAGAACUGCCCGGAUGGCUCAGAUGAAAAGAACUGCUUUACAUGCCAGCCGGGAAACUUUCACUGUGGCACAAAUCUGUGCAUCUUUGAGACCUGGCGUUGUGAUGGCCAAGAAGACUGCCAAGAUGGAAGUGAUGAACAUAACUGUCUGGUUAUAGUACCCAGAAAAGUCAUCACAGCUGCUCUGAUUGGGAGUCUUGUGUGUGGCUUGCUCUUGGUGAUAGCACUGGGUUGUGCAUUUAAACUCUACUCACUAAGGACCAGAGAAUACAGAGCAUUUGAAACCCAGAUGACUCGUCUUGAGGCAGAGUUUGUACGACGUGAGGCUCCACCUUCCUAUGGGCAGCUUAUUGCACAAGGACUUAUCCCUCCAGUUGAAGACUUCCCUGUUUACAAUGCAUCACAAGCAUCUGUGCUGCAGAACAUCCGAACAGCAAUGAGGAGACAGAUGAGACGUCAUUCAUCGAGACGGAAUUCAUCUCGGAGGCGCUUGGGCAGGCUCUGGAAUAGACUGUUCCACAGGCCACGAGUGAGAGGGCAGAUUCCACUCUUAACACCUGCGCACACUUCUCAAACCACACUGGGUGAUGGAAUUAUCAAUCACACAGAAGGGAACAUCCAUAAUCCCUCACCUUCCCCAGAAGGACCUAAUUCAGAGGCAGAGACCUACGGCCAGGCUAGAGGGUUACAAGAAGCUGGAAGUAGCAGUUUGCAGCCAGAGACAGAAGACACAGAGCCAUCCCACUCUAAUGUUUUAUCUAAUAGUUGCACGGCUGCACAUGCAGAGCCUGAGACAGGCCACAGUGACAAAUCUUCAGGUGCUGAGGAAUCCUCUAGCACUGAGCUUAAACAAACCAAGAAAGUGGAUUCAGGAAAGGCUUUCAGAGACCCUUUGUCCGAAAGUGUUACAGAAACACUUUGUGGAGGCUCGGUAUCCAGAAGGACUGUUGCAGAGAACAGUAAUUUAAGUAGGAGUCAUCCCCUGAGUGAAGACCCAUGUAGAUUACCCUUAAAAAAGUGGGAGUCCACUUACUCAGACAGCUGUAUGAAUGUUUGUAUUCAGGUGGAUGGACAGCAGCGAUGUUGCCCUCAUUCCUAUCAGGAAGAGCCUUUGGGUAUUCAUGCGGCUUGUUGCCAUUCUGUGGAAGUGCCAAUGCUAGAGUCCUCUACUCCCCUCUCAGAAAUCAAUACCAGUGAUGAUGAAUCAUUGCUAGUUUGCUAAUGACAUUUUGUUUCGGCCUGGUAGGUUUUGUAACUUUUAAAAUGUACAUCGCAGUACACACUGAUUAUAACCGAAACACCUGCGCUCUCAGUGUUGUCUGUUAGAAGCAAAGUGCAUUUACCCCAUAGGGAGUAGAAUACCUAUGUCAAGACUAGGAGACAAAUUUUGUCAUUGUUAAUAUGCCCGGAACUCCAGUGGGGUAAGAUUGGGCCAAUGUAUGUGUUCAGGGGCCAAGAGUGAAUGAAAAUCUGUUGUCACAAUUUGGGAGUAUUUCCCUCUUCUUUUGUUUGUUCGGUGCAUUUGUUCACUUUCGCUUUGCAAUCAGGGAAUUUGAGUUUAUUUAAAGUCUGUUACUAUUGACAUUAAUGUGUUAGAGAGAAAUCAGCAGUCUACGUAAACAUCAGUCACAGGAAAUUACAACUGUCAAGUGUUCAGCUAGAAGUAUCAAAUUGUUGUCUUUUUUUAGAUUUUUUUGGUUUUAAUUAAGAAAUGUUUACAGAGCCCCAAAAUAUAUUUAGGAGAAAAUUGGAUCCUUAUAGCUUUUCUUCCUCUUUUCUGAAAAUUACCGCCUUUUUCUCCACUCCCUUCAGAAAUGUAUUGUUGGCCAUAAAUAGGUAGAGGCAUCCAUUGCAACCAAAGUUUCUGUAUUCUGCAUACAGAAAAGAAUCAGGUUUCUUAUCUGCUAUAACUUUGUAAUAAUAAAUUAGCCAUGUUAACCAUCACUGGAGUGCAUUGAGCUCCAUUUCCAGAAACAUAUUUAUAUUAUUGUAUGUUGUAUCAUAUUCACAAUGGUUUUUGUUAAAUUUGAAUUGAUUUUCUUCUUUAUCUUUUAUGACCUAAGUGCCAUUUUAGGGCAUGGUCUAAAGAGGAAGUGAGUGCUUCCAGCUCUCAUUGGCUACAGUGGGAUCUGCUGAACACUCGGUAUCAUUCAGAAUAAGGCUUUUAAAUUUGUGUUGGCGUAAAAUUUGGUACCCAGGUUAUUGGCCUAUAUACAGAUGUCUUAACUCAGUGGGUUUUUAAUGGUAUAUUCAUUCUUUUGUUGUUCUUCUAGAUACAUGGUAGCUGAAAAAAAAUCAGCACUAUUUUCAAAAUGGAAAAUGUACAGACCUUUAAAUACUUUGGGUAGACCCUGGUGCCUUUUGCUUUUAAAAAAUUAAUUAAAAACAGCUAAGCUAUUUAACUAUGUGAUGUUGCCUAGAUAGGAGUGUCUCACUAUAGAAUAACAAAAAUUAUCUGGUGAAUACUGGUUGAAUUGAAGUUACUGGGAACUCUGCUGUAGACUCCAACAGGGUCAUCCAUGUUUUAACAUACAAUUUGUAUUUUUAAUUUUCCUAUUACAAAGAAGCACAUAAUUUAAAAAAACACUGUAAGCAUUUUUUUUAAUGGAGAAACUAAUUUUAUUUUGCUACUCCUUUUGUAGGGAAGCAGGUGCAGAAUGGGGUGUAUCUCAGUACUCUGAGAACCUGCCUAUUACUUCAGGGCAACUUUGAUUUAGGAAGUGAAUAGGAGCUUUAAUUCUAGAUAAUAAUGACAGCGUUAUUAAUUGAUCUUCUAUUAAAACUGCACAGGAGUUUAACCUGGGCUGCGCAAUCCAAAUAGUCUUUAGCUCUUGCACGUUCCUUGAAUGUGAUAGGAGUUGAGUCUGUGCAGUGAAGAGUGAAGUGACACCUGAGUGUCAAAAUCCUUUACAUGGACUAUAUUCUGCCCUUGGUCUUUCUACAGAACUCCCACUGGGAGUUCCAGCCAAGAAAUGAGGUCAGGCUAGGCCCCUGUGCUUUGGUUGGCUUUGCCAAAUCAUAAUGUGAAAGAACAUUGAUGUGCUUUAUGUUUUCUCUGACACAAAUUACUUUUGUAUUGUGUUUUGCAGAAUCAGGAGAACAUUAAGAGUAAGCAAGGGUUUUGGUCAAAGUGCAUCCUAGUAAAGAAUCAUAGUUACAUUAAAUAAAAAAUAAAAGUCCUGUUUGAUCAGUUAUUUCCUUCAAUGUGUUUCUGUGGUCAGAUAUCGGUUAGCCCAACAAAAGGGUAAUUCUGAGAAUAUUUACUUUCCGAAGCAUUUUAGGUACAUUCCACCUUUAAAAGAUCAUGUACUGUAGUCAUUAAUCUGCCAGGGUUGUUUGUGUCCAAGGCUACAGUUUUUAGUGUCUUUUUUUUUUUUGGUCUAAAAGUAAUUUUAAGAACAUAGAAUUGUAUUUAUAAAGUAGUAAACUUAGUUAUAAUUGGGUGGGAAAUUAUAUUUCAGGGUAAAUACUAUACAAACACAAAGAACCUUAUAAAUGUAUAUUUAAUUCUGUUACAGAAACAUACUUCUUUGUAUAAUAAAAUCAUUUUGAUCUGACUAAGCCUUAAAUUAUAUUAUCACUAUUGUAAUUUUCUUCUUACAGCUUAAGUUGAAAUUUGUACUUCAAAACAGCAUUAUCUUUUGGUACCGCAAGGCACACCUAGUAACAUCAUCCUUUAGCUUAAAAAAGAUGUAACGUAAAUAAUUUUUUAGUAUCACUAUCAUAGUAUUUUGUGUGUUGUUGAAGAUGCAUUUUAAUAACUAAAUGAUAAUUUAAGUAAAUCUGUUUUUUUCUUCCUUGUAUAUCUCAGCAUCACAACUUCAUUUACAAAGAUUAGGAAAUUGAAAAAUUGAAGCAGUAAUGAAGUUUACAAAUGUCAUCAUCCAGGAAAUGUUUAGCUUCCUCUUUAUGGAAUGUACAGCCCUGGACAAUUAAAAUAUAUGGCUCUGUUGCUUUUUGAGAAGCACAUAGCUUUUUUGUAGUCUGCAAUAACUCCUGAUUCUAUUUGUCUAGUACAGUGCUUAAAGUGAAGCAUCUCUAACUGUUGUUAAACUUUAAACAGAAAUCUGUUUUGUUCUCUAAGGGUAUGUCUGCACUUGCACCCUCUUUCGAGAGAAUGAUGCAAAUGAAGACAUUCGAAAUUGCAA